CCAUCCAUCCAGCGUUUGUUGUCAUUCGUCUUGCAGGUCUUGUGCACAAGGCUGGAUAGGGGCCCUAAACGAAUUUUUAGUUGAAAAAUUGAAACAAAAACUUGUUUACUUGUAGUAAGUUAUCUUGCGCGUUUUACAUGUUUCCACUUGAAGUGUAAGUGUACGGCUUGUGGCUGCUUCGUCUUUUUGCGUCGUCCAUUUAUGGCGUGAGUGUCAUUUGUGUGAAGACGUCGAAGCGUGAAUUGCGAAAGUGUAUUUCAGCCUAGAAUUAUUUCUGCUUCUCUAUGGGCCGAAGCCGUUCUCGUUCGCCGCAGAGAAGGGAGCGAGAUAGGGCUAGAUCUCGAUCCCGUGAGAGGGAUGGCCUUCGGGACCCACUGCGCGAGCGAGAUCUUGAUCGAGAACGCAGGCUACCAAGAGAACGACAUAGAAGCCGGUCCCGCUCUUUGUCUCCUAGACUCCGCAAUCGUUCACCGAGGCGCCGACGAAGCCGAUCUCCCAGAAGGCGCUCUCGCUCCCCAAGGCGGAGGUCUAGGAGCAGGGAGCGCAAAGAAAAGGAAACUCCUGGAGCACUCCCCAAAUUCCUGUUGGAGCGGCCACCCAUCACGGCUAAAGACCUGGAAGGAAAAACGGAAGAGGAGAAAGAGAUGAUUAAAUUGAUGGGAUUUGCAAACUUUGACUCAUCCAAGGGAAAGCAUAUACCUGGUAACAAUGUCGGCGCCGUGCAUGUCAUUCACAAGCGAAAGUACCGCCAGUACAUGAAUCGGAAGGGAGGAUUCAAUCGCCCACUUGACUUUGUUGUAUAACAUCAUCAUCAGAUGUGCUUGUCCAGUCUAUCCCAGCAUGUUCUGUAUAGGAGCUUCAAUAAACUUGGUCGUCUGUGUCUUCA